AUGGUCAGCUUCGACGUGUUCCAGCGUGCUCUGGAUGGGGACGCUACCGCGAACAACGAAUCACAACACCAACACAAUGCACCGUCGUCGGCUGUUGAAACUCUUCUGGAGCAGACGCAUACCCUUCUGGCCGAAUCGCAAAUUGUCGAUCUGCCUAGGCGAUCACUUUCCCGAUCUCAAAAAGGGGACCCCACUUCUAUUAUAGGGCCCUACGACUCGAAGGACCGUGAGAUCGUGCGACUACAGUGGUCCCUCACCGACUUGCAGACCGCAAACAAAGCCAAGGACCUGGAGUUGGGCGUUGCCCGGCAAGAGCUUCUUAACGCCAAAGAUGCGCUCACAAAGUCGUUUGCAGACAUUUCGGCCCUACGCGAUGAUAUGAAGACUAUGAAGCAAACCCUCGGAAAGGAUCACCAAGCCAUUGUUUACCGGAAGGACAUCGAAUUGUUUGCUCUACGCAAAGGAAACGAGCAGAAAGAAAGAUUUAUGCAAGAGAAGGACGUACAGCUGAACGAGACAUUCCGGCAACAACACGCCACCUUGGAGUUAAAGGAAGCACAACUCAACGUACUCAAAGAACGACUCGCUGCGAUGGAGCGCCAGGCCAGCCCCAAAUUCGGUCACGAUGCCGGAUUCGAAGAGAACGGCAAUGGUGACCACGCACUGGAGGUCCGUCUAUUACGGGUCAAGAAGGGUCGACAACCGCUAUCCGGCUCUGAGGAGGAAAAGGAGGCCAUCAUCGAGCAGCUGAGGCGCGAGCUUGCUGCCGCCACGAAGUCCGCCGAUGACGUCGUGAACCAACAAGCGGAACUGCAAAGAGCUUGGGACAUCAGCAAGAAGAUUCAGAACGCACUCAAAGAAGAGCGGGAACGACAUGAACAGACGAAAGCGUAUCUGCAGGAAGCAAGUGCUGAGUUGGAAGACACCCAAUCGGGCAGGAAGAGGAGCAGAAGUGACCCCUCAGGCCGUCUCCCCACCAUAGAGGAGAACGAUCAAAAUGAGCUGGAGGCUAUGUUCGACACGGCUCAACAAGACAAUCUGCGCUUACACAUGGAAGUUGAAACACUUGAGAAGCGGGUUCGCGAUGCCAAUGCACGUGUCUUCCUUGCAGAUCAGGACAUUGAGGCGCUGCGUGCACAGUUGCGAUUGGAGCACGCCAUCAAUGAAGACAUGGAGACUGCUCGGCCCAGUGUUGUGCACCGUGUCCAUUUCCAGCGCAUGGAGGGCCAGCUCAAAGAGAGCAGAGAUGACCUGGCUAAGAAAGAGGCGGAAGUACAGAAAUUGAGGACCACCUUAGCUGAGAAGGACCGUCAGCUGGAAACACUCCGGGUACAUAUGCAAGCCGCUAUGAAGAAGAGCGAGUCGGUCCGGGACGAGAUCGAGCAGCUGAAGCAAUCCGUUGUGGACCUCGAGGCAGCAAAGGAGAGGCUUAUGCAAGACCACGAGCGUCUCGCGGCGCAGAGUUCUAAGCACCGCGUACCUUCAGCCGAGUACACCUCAGCGCGAACAAGUGGUGCGACGCUCAUCAACGAACAUAGCCCGCCACCAUGGCUGACGCCCUCAGAUGAAGUCCCACCUGUACCUGUUGCGCCUAUGCUUGGUAGUCCUAUCUUGGGCAGCGUACAGCAAAGAGACACGGCACGUGGUCACCGCAGAAACCAGAGCGACUCGCAGAGGCACAGCAUGAUCAGCAAUGCCCCUGCAGCAGACAUGCGUCAUCUGAAGAGAAGAAGCGGACUGGGGCUACGGGACAUGGUGAAGCGCAUCGUCAAGAAGGACACCAGUAUUGAAGGCGCAGUUCGCAGCCCGACCAUCUCUGAGCCUCAGUGGGGCAACACAUCCACUUCACCAGUCAACAAUGCGACUCCGAAGGCCGUCGCAGCACCUCUCCGCGAGCGCCCAUUGCCUCUCCAAUCUCACCCGCCAGUGCCGAAGAAAGACGACGACCCAAUGCCCCGACCGAUCCCUCGCCCCAUCUCAGGUCCCCAAAACCUAGCAAACCGCCCAAGGACAAGCACAGCACCCACUGCCUCCAUUCCUCGACGCUUUCCCAGCAGGAAAGAACUAGAUGAGCAGCACCUGCAACGGCCACGCACAGCAACACAACCAGUCAUCGGAACUCAAACAGCCGUGCUUUCGAAAGCUGUACGCCCGCCAAACCCAAGGAGGAGCUCACAGCCGAGAUACUAUACAAGUCCUGCGGCGAUGGCGGUUGAUAGUAAGGAGGAUUUGAGGCUGCAGGAUGUUAGGCCGCAGACCGCUGUUACGGCGCCUUUGGUGGGGGGAGGGAAGGGGGAUAGGCAUGCAAAGCAUGAUUCAGGGGUUGGUGCUAUUACAGAUGGUGAGAAGAGCAAGCUUAGUAGAUUGAGUUGGGGGAACACAGCGAAUAAGCUGAAGCGGAGAAGUCUGUAUUGA